GUAUAGUAUAAAUUUACAUAAUACUAUUACAGUAAUAUGCAUGUUUGAAAGAAGAAAAAAGACCCAUCUGAACAUUAAAAAUGUUUUUCGAUGUAGUGAACCGUUUGCUUUUCAUUCUGCUUGGAACCCUAUGGAUGAUAUAUCAGUUAUACAAUAAACAAACAACACAGACAACUCAUUCACCAACUGAUCACAUCAGUACUGAACGAAUUGUUAAUAAGACAGAGAAUGUCACUCACCCAAUGUUCACUGUAGAAGACUUCCACAGAAUAUUAAAUCAAACAAGAAAAACCACGUUGAAGAUAGUUCAGUCAUCUGAUAAACAACGAACACAGACAACUCAUUCACCAACUGAUCACAUCAGUACUGAACGAAUUGUUAGUAAGACAGAGAAUGUCACUCACCCAAUGUUCACUGUAGAAGACUUCCACAGAAUAUUAAAUCAAACAAGAAAAACCACGUUGAAGAUAGUUCAGUCAUCUGAUAAACAACGACCACAGACAACUCAUUCACCAACUGAUCACAUCAGUACUGAACGAAUUGUUAAUAAGACAGAGAAUGUCACUCACUCAAUGUUCACUGUAGAAGAUGUCCACAGAAUUGCAAAUGAAACAAGAAAAACCACGUUGAAGAUAGUUCAGUCAUCUGAUAAACAACGACCAAUAUUUAUUCGUUCACCAUUAAAUAAAAUUGAUUCACAAGGAUAUGUUUUUCAACCAAAAAUAGACACCAGUAACGACUUUUCUGUUGAUAAUGAUGUCCAAAACAUAAAAAUUAAAACUAAAGAACAAAAAUAUGAUAUGGUUUUAGAAAUUUUAUUAACACGAACAAAUGCUCAACGCCAACAAAUCGCAUUUCAUUAUAACAAAAUCUUUAAAACUUCAUUAAUGAAUGAAAUGAACAAUGUGAAACCGAAUAAUUUGAAACUAUUACUUCAAGAUCUAUUAACAGAUACAUCAAUUUUAUUUGCUGAAGAAUUGUAUAAAGCAAUAUAUACAUCAAAUUUACAAAUAACAACUGGUUUAUUGAUGGAUUUCUGGGAAAAUGAAUUUAAUCAAGUGGAAAAUAUUUAUAAAUUAUAUUCGAAUGAAUCAAUUUGGAAGACUAUAGAAAAACGAUUUGGGAAAUCUACACAAGAAUUUAUACAAUGUGUAGUUGAAACAAGAAAAGUUAAAAUUGAACAACAACUAACGGAAGAUGAUGUUUUUAAGCCGGUAGUUAAUAUGAAUGAAGUUAGUAAAACAUUUCAUGUUUUGUUGAAACAAACGAAUUCAGUGGAAGAUAAUCAACAACAGUUAAGUAAUCUUCUCUGUAAACUUAAUCCAUUUCAAAUAGACGAAUUUGAUAUGAUGUACCAACGAGAUUUCAGAAGAGUGUCCUCUGAAUUGAUUCAACGUAGAUCAUCUGGUGAAAUGCAUGAUUUAUUAAUGUCAUUGUAUAAUUAUUCUGUAACGAAACCAAUGUAUUUUGCUAUCUUAAUCCAUGAUGCACUUCAUAAAGAACUUAUCGAUAUGUUAACUGCUCAACGUUUACUUAUUUUCCGUUCAGAAAUUGAUUUACAAACAGUAUGUGAUCUAUAUGAAGCAGAAUAUGGAAUCUAUUUGGCAGAUGAUGUAAAACAGAAGUAUUUCAAUAAACAAGAUAAUGCUUUGACAAAUCUUUUAAAGACAGAAAAAUCAAUUGUCUUUUAAUCUUCAAAGUACUUGUCCCUUCAAUGGAAUUUUUGUUAAAUAUCAUGCUGUUCUUUUUAAAUCUCCAUAAUGAUUUCUGAAAAACAGAAUGAUUUAAAUAACUUAACAGAUAUUUGCUUUAACUAACUUAUUCAUUCUGGAAUCUUGUGUUGUUAUGUUAAACAAUCCAAAUUAUAAUUAGAACAAGUGAUUAACGACACUCAAUGCUAACUUUUCAUGUUUAUUUGUUGUACGACAUAGAAUGAUGCAUAAUAUAACAGUUAAAGAAACUAGUUUGUUUUGUACAAUGGAUGUGCCUGACACUUUUCGUUUGAGAUAUAUCUUUGUAUGUUGAUUACGGUUUUCAUUUUGUCA